AUGAACACCAAGACGAUUGAACGCUUCCCUCUAGCUUUUCUCAACCCCCCUUUAAAUGACAAGACAUAUCUCGAACUCGGCGAUGCAAAAAUUACGAAUGAAGCCUUCUGGUACAUUGGAUUCACUGACUCCAGUCAAGGCCCAGAGGCAUGGAUGCGCGGUGAAAGCCUCGACAUGGCGCUCGAGACUCUCCGCCGAGACCAAGAUUGCAAUGCCUAUAAAAUAGACAUUGCAAACUCAAACAGUGCCCAAGUGUUCCACUUUGUGAGCAAAGUGGAAAGCGAAGACGGUUCCGGAAAAGAUUACGAUGCGUAUAGGAACCGGUACCAAGACAAGCAAUGGAUAUUUGUCGUUAUUAACGAUGCCUUCGGUGACGUCGAGAACGACGGUACUAGCGGCACCCAUUGGUCGCUUGUAGCCUUGGACAGGCUACAUAAAACUGUACACUAUUUCGACUCUCUGUUUGUCCGUUACGAGGACGACCAGCAAACGGCCCACAUGGUAGGUUGGGGGCUACUCCGCAUACUUGGAGAAGACCUAGAUUGCUGGACAUUCCAACCGGAGCUGAACAGCCCGCACCAAAAACAUAACAACCUGGACAAGGGUGACAUUGGCCCUUGUGGCCCUUUUGUCUACAACCUGACGAAGCUUCAAAUUAUGCGCAUCAAGCACUGUCAGGAUACCGGCAUGGGGAAACACUGUACCCUCGAACUCCCUGCCCAAUACCCGGUUUGGUUCGGGACCUCGUUUAACUCAAAGCUGGUACGCGGGCAGAUCCAGCUCCAGAUCAUGCGCUGGAGACGUCGCGUCGAUGCCGAACGUUUGGCAAACGAGCAGAGUCAGCCCGCUGUGCAGGGCGAGGCUGCUGGCUCGGUGGAUGGGCCGCCUACCACGCCCGAUAUUCCACGUUCCUCCACGCAUCAGCGUGACGUUUCUGGGUUGGACAUCGAGUCUCCGGUUCACGGGAUAAGCGACGGCGAGCCGAGCGCAAGUCGUACUGCCAUGAGCCCCCGACCGGAAUCUCCAGAUCCAAGCAGGAACUUGGAUUUAUACGAGGACGUUGAGUGA